UAACGUAAGGCGGCAGUUUUGAGUUGUUGACAUAAUUCCUGUACACAUUAUUAGCCGAUUAGGUGGAAGAUCCAAUAUUAGUGAGUGAAGACGGCAAAUCAUUAAGAAAAUGGAUGAAAUUGCUGAGCUAGAGAGCAAACUGCACACAGCUGCAACAAUAGGAAAUUGUUUACUGGAAGAAAAUUCUUCAUUGAAAGAUGAAAGAGAAAAACUAAUCAAAGAGCAUAGUAAAAAUGCAGAGGAAUGGGAACAGGAGAAAUACUCUCUGGUGCUGAAAGUAGAAAGUAAAGUAGACACAGAGAAAUGGUACAAAGGGGAAAUCGCCCAGAUGAAGCGUGACAUGACUCGACUCAAUGAAGACAUGGAAACAAAAAUGGAAAUAGAAAAAAGCAAAAUGCAACAGCAAGUCCGACUGGUCAGUAAGAUACAGUCAGAGCUAGACCAGUCCCGGAGUGUGGAGAGUCAGCUGAGAGACCAGAUUAGUCAGUUAGAAGAACUGAUGGAGAGGAAAAUGAACCAGACAGCAGAUAUUACAUCCCGUAGUUUUGAUUCGGAGGAAAUGGCUGACUUACAGAUACAGAUUGUCAACCUGCUGGAGGAAAAUAAAAACCUGGAAAAGAAAUGCAUAGAUAUCUGUACAGAAGUGCAACAGUACAAAAGUGAGCAGGAACUCCUUACCCAGGGCCUGGCCAGGAAAGACGAGGAGAUCGAGGAAAUCCAGUGUCAGACUUCUUCCUACGCCUUAUCUCUGGAACGAGCUCGGACAGAGAUAGUGGAGCUGAGGCUGGAGAUGGAUGUGAUGAGGGAUUCUGAUGCUAGUCAUGGAGUAAAGGGCAAUUCUCUGUUCUCAGAGGUCGAGGACCGGCGUGUUGAUGCCGAAAAGAAACUUAUCUCCCUAAAACAUAAAUGUGAGGCACAGGAAUUGAUCAGCAAGAAGCAGACUGGCGAGAAUCGUAAUUUGAGGAACCAGAUGAUGAUUCUUCUCCACUCCAGUAGAGGAGAAGCAGAUGGUGACCGCAUCAAACAGCUGGAGUCACAGCUCUCCCAGGCUCGCUCCAAAAUCACACAACUCAACGAGGAAAAGUACACUCUGGAGAAGAAAAUGAAAAGCCAGACUGAAAACUUCUCUGAAAGAUUUGCUGCCAUGGAGCCGAACGAGCAAUGUGACAAGGCUGGGGACAAGGCUUUCACGAACUAUCUCAUCACCAUGGUUAAAACAAAGGAUCAAGAAAAUGAAAACUUGCAGAGUGAGUUGCGAGAUGCAGAAUUACAACUCCUGGACACAAAGAAUGAGAAAUCAAAGUUGGAAAGAAAGCUACACAAUGCUGAAAGUGAAAGGGAAAAAAUUCAUAACAAAUGUCUCCGGAUGCAGCUAAAGUAUGAUGAGCUCCAACAGAAGUAUGAUCCAGAAUCUGUGAAAAACAAAGGUGUUUCCAAGAAAAAGUAUAUCACAGAGAAAUUACAAGUUGACGUUGUUCCUGAGCAAACCAUUAAUGUAAGUCGUACUGAGGCUCCACCACGCCCAGUGUCUGUACAGAGCAUUAACACGAGUCGAUCAGAGAACCCAUUACGCCCAGUGAUGGAGGGAAAUAAACUACCGACAAAAGAUAGCAAGUCCAAUAUGACAGUGUUAGACGCCAUUCCUAAGAAAGGUGUGAGCUCUAAGGUGAGAUCUGUGUCUAUAGCUGACAGUGUGAUGCUUGUCGAUAGUGACGGGGAAAAACGGACAGGCAAACUCUCAUCAAACUGUGACCGGGAAAAUAAGGAGAAAUUGAUGAAGGAAUCGGCGCCUUUAAAACCGAAAGGACAGCGGAUGACCAAAGUGAUUAAACCGUGUGAGGAAACUGACAAUACAGAGGCAUGUAAAACACAGUGACGGAUCCCAGGGUAACACAAAUAGGAACAAAUAUGUAGAAGUAUUUUCGAAAGAUAUUUUCCGGUACUUGUUUACAUCAGAAGUACCAAUUACAUGAUUUAGAAACUUUCAAAAUGCACUUUUUUUUUGCCAAAAUAUCUUGUGAUACAGAUUAAUUUUUCUUUUUCUUUGCUUUCUUACAAAGUUAACCGUAGUCUGUGUUUUAUAGACUAUAUCAGCUUGAAUUCCAACACAUACAUAUUUUAAAAGUGGAGUUAUGUUUUAUUCCAAUUCUUACUGUGUGUGUAGUGUUUUGUUCAGCUGAUGUGUCAAAAUACAGAUAUAUCUAGUAGGAAAAGUUCAUUAUGAAAUAUUUUACUGUUGUGUACGUUCAAGUAACUUAAAUUCACAGCUUUUAAGGCUGCAUGGAAACAAAUUGUUAAAAAUGUAACUCAUAAAUUUCUUUUUUUUAUUGAAUCGAGUCAAUUACUAAAUUCGACUCGAUAUUUCAUUAGGUGACAGGACAGGAAAGAAUCUGGCCAACAUUAUUUCGGUCACCAGUUUUUAUGGAUGAUUUUAAAAUCUUAUGUGAUAUAAAAUUAUGUUGAUGCAUGUUGAUCAUGAUUUGUCUGUGUUUAAUUUUUUACCAGUUCCAGGAUUUUGUUCAGUAUUACUCACUCUUUACAUGUAAAAUUGGUCUGACUGCCACAAACCUGUCAUUCUUCUUUAUUUUACCUUUCAAUGUCUAUUUUAUUACGAUGUAAAAUUCAACAUAUUGAACUGUCGAUUUACUGUCCAUCAGAAUUUUGAUU